CGAAUGUCUGGUUUUGGUAAAUAUUUGCACAGUGUUUCACGAUAGAUUUUCAAUAUUAUCAGUCCACGAAAAUCAAUCAGUUACCAAUGUGAAAUUACCAAAAUCUUAUUUUGUUCAAAAUAAAUCCAUCCAAUACAAUUUUAUACGCAGUAUAAUAGGAUAAUAAAUGACAUGUUGGCAAUUUACAACAAAGCACAAAUUUGUGCAUUCGAUAAACCCUUUGAUUGUGGACUAAAAUUAUAUCCGGAUCUAAAAGAAAUCAUGGCUCGCGGUCGUGAUUGGGAUGAACUACUUUAUGUUUGGGGAGAAUGGCGGCGAAAGUCUGGCGAAAAUAUGAAAGAACUGUACGAGCAAUUGGUUGAUUUGACAAAUGAUGCUGCAAAUUAUAAUAAUUUCAGCAACGCGGCUGAGUACUGGACCUUCCCAUUUGAAUCAUACAACAUACGACAAGAUAUGGAAACGGUGUGGAAUGAAGUUAUGCCAUUAUACGAACUAAUUCAUGCAUAUGUCCGUAGAAAAUUACGUGAAUAUUAUGGUCCCAACAGAAUAAGUCGAAAUGCACCACUUCCCGAUCACGUUCUGGGCAAUAUGUAUGCUCAAACGUGGACUAAUAUUAUGGACAUAACAAUACCAUUUCCUGGACGAAGUUUCGUUGACGUAACACGAGAAAUGCGUGAACAAGGUUACACUCCUCAAGUCAUGUUUCAAAUCGCGGAAGAGUUCUUCCUGAGUUUGAAUUUAACUGCUUUGCCUACUGAUUUUUGGCUCGAGUCCGUAUUAGAGAAACCUCCACCAGAUCGACAAUUGUUGUGUCAACCAUCAGCAUGGGACUUUUGUAAUCGGGAAACUUACCGCAUAAAAAUGUGCACGAAUGUUAAUCACAAAGACUUAAUCACAGUUCAUCAUGAGAUGAUGCAUGUGCAAUACUUUUUAAGCUAUCGUCAUCAGCCAAAAGUCUUCCGUGAUGGAGCUAAUUCAGGUAAAGAAUUGUUUUUUUUUUUCAUAUUAAUCCAAUUAAGUCGGCAAAUGUUUAUUAAAAGCACAAAUUCAAUUGAUAUAGCGUCACAAUAUUAG